AUUUCUUUAUAUCUAUCCCCACCCCUUUCUUUCUUUCUUUCCCAUCACUACUAUUACUAUUACUCUGUUACCCCACGCGGCGGCUGCCUUCCACAUGUCUCCGCCCAACCAUCACCCCUCCGCCACCGGCACACCGCCGGAGAAGUCCAAGUUUCUCCAGACUUGCAAUCGGCUGAGCCUGUUUCUCAAAGAAAAAGGCAAAAUUCGAGAUCUCAAUUUCGGAAUCAAUGCAAAAUUCGACGCUACAGGUGAAAAAGUGGAGGAGAAACCAGUAGAUGUUGCUAUUCCUCAAUAUGUUAUCUUAGAUUCCUCCUCCUGUGAACUAGAAGACAAAGUUGAAGCUAAAAGUAGUACUGCACAGAUGACUAUAUUUUACCAAGGCCAGGUGUUAGUUUUGGAUGACGUUCCGGCAGAUAGAGCGAGAGAUCUGAUGCUAAUGGCGAAGAACGGAGUUGAAACAUCAAAACCUAAACCUCCUCCUCCUGUUGUUGAUGUUUCCAGAUCAAAAGGACCGAUUAAAGAAGAUGUUCAGCAGGCGAAGGAUUCAGAUUUGCCGAUUGCGAGGAGAGCGUCGUUGCAUAAGUUUCUGGCCAAGAGAAAAGACAGGGCCACCGUAAGAGCGCCAUACCAGUCACCCGGCGGUUCAUCCUCUGGGAACGAAGACCAUAGUUUUGACUUGAAUUUGUAAGCCAUAACUAUCACUUUACUUUUGAAUCCAGUCAUGUGUGAAAGAGAGUUUGACUACACUACUUACUACACAGAGACAGACAGACACACCUUAUCCAUUUUCUUCUGGAGGCUUCUUUGAUGUAAAUUCAAUAUAUUAUAUUAUAUUAUAUAUUAUAAUAUAAUUAGUAGUAGUUUCAGUUUGUAGUAGGAACAUCUCAGCUGAUUACUUCUUUGUUUCCAUAUAUUGUUUUGCUUGCUUAUGAUCUAAGGGAUUAUAUUAUUAUUUUUUUGCA